AUGCAGAUCGACCCUGCAGCCCUAACAGGGACAACCGACUUUGCUACGGUUGCGCCGGCGGCUACAACAACCAAGACCGCCCCGACUGGUCCUCCUAUAACGCAGAAGACGACCAAGGCGCUCAUAUCUGUUCCGCGUCUCGAUGUCGAACCCAUUUAUACUGAGCUGAAAAGCGCAAUCGGCGAUGGUUGGACCGAAUAUAAGCAGGCUACCACACUCUUCUUGCUCGGACACCUUAAUCAAAAUGAAUUUACCCUUCGAGCAGCGCCAUUGCUGACCGUUGACCCGAAGCGCGAACGCCUUCACAACAACUUUGUCUGCGCCUUGCUAGGGAAUUUGACUAGGGACCUCCCUGACCAUGGAGUUGCGAGCUGGGUUUCUGCAAAUGACAAGCCAACAGUGGUAACAAAACCGGCCUCUGGAGAUGCUACCGAACAGCGCCUCAAGACCGAGGUCAUGCAGCUCCCGCCGAGAGAUAGAAGAAGAUUAAAAGCAAUUCCAGAGCCUGAUCCAAGUACUCUUCCUAACCCUCUCGAGGAAUAUCAACUAGCAAGGCAGAUCAGGCUCCCGGACCAGGUCCCUGCCAGCGCUGGGGGUCUAAACAAAACAAACUGGGAACUCGAAAUUCGCAAACGAUAUGCCCAACCUCUCGCGUCAGAGACUGGAGAGUUUCCCGACUCUGAAUCAAUAUAUGCCCGCAUGACGCCUAUUUGCUAUGAAGAAUCUAUAUCAAAUGGAGCCACAUUUUCGUGCGCAACUUACAUGGCUAUUGCGACCGAAAAUUUUGUGAAGACUUUUCUCUCCAAUGUUUUCGGCCGGACCAAGUGUAAUGGCCCCUCUGGAACGAUAAAUGGAAUGACGACGAGGAAAUACCGUCGCCAAUUAGAACGUGAGGAGAUGGCAUUUACACGAGGGGAGCUAGUUAGAAAUACUACCAACGGCCUUCUCCCUGUCGAAGCAAAGGAAGCCAGCAAUCGCCAACCACUGGGCCUACGUGACCUCAAAUUGACCUUAGACAUUGCUCCAGGAGCUCUUGGCCACAUGCCUCUCAUUAUAAGUCAAAUAAUGGGGGGCUAUCUCGAGGAAGAGCUGGAUGCGGAAAACCAAUGUUACGUGCAAGAGGCAAACACCGGUGUCGAUAGUACUGAUCAUGUAUCCUCUGGAGAUGAGAUGGAUCUCGACGAAGAGCCUUGUGAUUGGGAUGGUGCUACGGCUGCGGACCAUAGCCAGCUUAACUCGAUCCUCGAUGAAUGCCUGUCUAUGGCAUCCUGA